UCAGUUUGAAAACCCACGAAGUUCAAAAAGUUUGAGGUUCUAGAGCCUGCACUAUCCUGAGAGAUUCUUUGUUUUGAUUAGAAAUUUAGAAAGUCAAGAACCCGCCCGUGUACGGCAACAUACUCUAGAACCCAGGAUGUUGCCAGUGAUUGGUUGGGGGCUUCCCACCCGUCCAGUUCUGUGCUCUCGGCCAUCUCAAUCUCGGCGUCCCUGUUUGCCCUGGCAGUACAGCUGUUCAUUGCCAUUUUGUUCAGGCUCCCAUGUGGCAGGAGCUCACACAGAUGCGUGAGGUCCCAGAGGCAGCGUCUUGCAGGAGGUGGUUGAGAGGAUGGGCUGAGUUUCAGGCAUGGCGUCCAGGUUGCUUGGAGCCUCAGACAGUGUUUCUCUAUAAUGCCAUGGACCUGGCAGCGCUGCGGAACGACCUGCCCACCACCUUGGACAACCUGUACCAGGGCCACCUGGAGCAGGACCGAACCCGGAGCCUGUCCAAUGGCCAUGCCUUCCCUACCGGCGAGCGGGACAAGGCCGGGCUGCUGGCCAGCAGCGACGUGAAGCGCUCACAGCCGCUGGUCAUCCAAGUCAACAGGAAGUUGAAGGAGGAAGAGCCGCGAGCCUCGUCGCUCCCGUCCAUCCCCAACCCCUUCCCCGAGCUCUGCAGCCCCUCCAAGUCGCCCAUCCUCAGCAGCCCCUCGGCAGGGCAAGGCCCGCAGUGGGAAAGCGGCCCCCACGUGGUAAAGGUCUUCAGCGAAGAUGGCACCUGCCGCUCGCUGGAGGUCAUGGCAGGCGCCACGGCCCGCCACGUCUGCGAGAUGCUGGUGCAAAAGACUCAUGCCCUCCAUGACGACAGCUGGUCCCUGGUGGAGCUCCAUCAGCACUUGGCCCUAGAGCGGUGCCUGGAAGACCAUGAGUCGGUGGUGGAGGUCCAGGCCACCUGGCCCAUUGGGGGAGACAGCAGAUUUGUCUUCCGGAAGAACUUUGCCAAGUACGAGCUGUUUAAAAGCUCACCGCAGUCCCUGUUCCCUGAGGUGAUGGUCUCCAGCUGCUUGGAUGCCAACAAGGGCAUGACCCACUCGGAGCUCAUCCAGAACUUCCUCAAUUCUGGCAGCUGCCCAGAGAUCCAGGGCUUCCUGCACCUGAAGGAGGUGGGGCGCAAGGUCUGGAAGAGGUUUUACUUCUCCCUCCGGCGCUCAGGGCUUUACUACUCCACAAAGGGCACAUCUAAGGACCCACGGCACCUACAGUAUUUCGCGGACCUCAACGAGUCCAAUGUCUACUUCAUCGCCCAAGGGGGAAAACUCUACAGCACGCCCACCGAGUUCAGCUUCUGUAUCAAGCCCUACAAGGUGCGCAGCGGCAUGAAGGGCCUCAAGCUGUUCUGCAGCGAGGACGAGCAGAGCCGCACCUGCUGGAUGGCCGCCUUCCGCCUCUUUAAGUAUGGCGUGCAGCUCUACAGGAACUACCAGCAGUCCCAGUCCAGACGCAGCCACCAGUCCUGGAUCAGCACCACGCCCCUGAGGAGCAUGUCUGACAACACCUUGGUGGCCAUGGAUUUCUCGGGGUGCACAGGCCGUGUGAUUGAGAACCCCAACGAGGCGCUGACGGUGGCCCUGGAAGAGGCUCAGUCGUGGAGGAAGAAGACGAGUCACCGCUACAGCCUGCCGAUUCCUUGCCAGGGCUCCCCGCUCAGCACAGCCAUCCAUCGAACGCAGCCAUGGUUUCAUGGGCGGAUCUCAAGGGAAGACACACAGCGAUUGAUAAUCCAGCAGGGAUUAGUUGAUGGGGUGUUUUUGGUGCGGGAAAGCCAGCGGAACCCCAAGGGCUAUGUCCUGUCCUUGUGCCACCUACAGAAAGUCAAGCACUAUCUCAUCCUGCCAAGCGAGGAAGAGGGGCAGCUUUACUUCACCAUGGAUGACGGCCAGACGCGCUUUGCCGAUCUCAUCCAGCUGGUGGAGUUUCACCAAAUCAACCGGGGCAUCCUGCCCUGCAAGCUCAGACAUUACUGCACCCGCGUCGCCUUGUGACGGACCCCCCCCGUGGGCAGCAGGGCUCUGCGAGGGGCCACAGCCAACGCGCAGCCAGCGGGACUAGGAUCAGCACAAAACUUCCGCCCCUCGCCCCACUUCGGCCAGGGCAGCGGCGGCCGCAGGGGCCAGGCUUGGCUCGUGCUCCACCCUCUGCUGGGGUGUCAGUCACCACUCAGCCCCGUCAAGUGAGCACCGGCCAGGUGAGAGGCCGAAAUGGCACCCCCAGCGCCCAAGGAGCCCGAAGGACCGAAAUUCAUCGUUUCAAAGGGAGACCUCGCCCCUGUGCUUCGACCAGCUCACGGCCUUGGCUCACUGCUGCCCCUCCCCCUGUGCCCCCGCUCCCGUCUCUCUCUGCCCCAUAUCCUUCCACUCCCAUCUCUCUCUGUCCCUUCCUGUAUCCUUCCACUCCCAUCUCUUUCUGCCUCAUAUCCCUCUGUCCCGUAACUCUCCAUGCCUGUAUUCCCCUUCCCGCCUGUAUCCCUGCGCCCCCAGCUCUGCCCCAAUAUGCUCCAUCUGUUUGAUCCUAGAGUCUCUCCUCCCUCCCCACCAGCUACUCAGUGUUAAUGGUCGUAUUCUCUGUGCCCUUGGGAAGCCAAGCCGGGAGCUUGGGGAUGGUCCCGUUUGGUAAGUCCCAGCACUCCUCCUGCACAGAGCCCUGGAUGCUGUGUCUGCGCCCUCCUCCCUGGGCCCCUGCAGCCUCUUGGCUGGGUUCGGAGCUCCUCAUCCUUUGGGAAGCUCUACCCACUCGUGCACUUUCUCCCCUAGGUUCCAGCCUCUCUGGCCGGUGACCGCUAGGAGCCGAGGCAAGGGGGUGGUUACGUUGCCUUUCUCUUCAGGUUUCCACUUCUUUCCGUCAGAUCAGUGCCAGAGUGGCUCCUUCUAACCGAGACCACUGGCCUCCCUGGGGGUCAGAGUCCAGACCCUUCUGUGCACGGGCUGAGGCUCACCUUUCUGCUCCCCACAGCAGCAACCUGCCUGAGGGCAGCCACCGUUCCCCGGCCACGGAGAACUGUAUGUCAGUGGCAGCAGACCCUGAGAGGUAGUGCAGAUCCCAUGCACCUGCCCCCUGUGUGGGAGUGGCCAUGUCUCCCUUUCUGAGCUGGCGGGUGAAGCCAGCAGGCCUGGCCACAGCAAGAAACAGCGCCCAGCUAUUUCUGUACUGGCUGGGGUUAGCGAUGGGUUAUUGGGCCGCAUGGAGAGGCCCGGGGCUGUCAAUAUUGAUAGUAGAUAACGUUCCACCGACAGGGUUGGCCUUGGUCUGGGAGGAAGUCCCUCCUUGGGAACAAGGCAGAAGCUAGCGUCAGCUAGGUUUGGGGCUGGCCAGGAGCCAGGGUGACUCAUACAGAGAUUCCUCUGCCAUUUGCCCAGGGCCAUGGGAAUCAAGGUGCAGCUGGGUCCAUUCAGGCUGACCAGAGGUGAGGAAAACCUGGAGGUGCAGGGAGUCCAGGGUCACGCUUCGAGCUGGGCCUUGUUCAGAUGUUGGGGGUUGGGGGGCUGGCCCCAAGCCCUGCUCUGGACAUGGCAGGGGGGAGAAAAGGGGGUUUGGUGGCAGGUGUCAAGGGCGAGAGCAGACAAGUGGAACAGCCACAGUAAGGAAAGAGCUGGGCUUUUCCCUGUCCCUUCCUGUCAGCCCAAAGAGGCUUCCGCUCUCUGGAAUGUAGGCUGCCAGGACCCGGUGAUGGGGCCGUGCCCAGGUCUGGAAAGUCUGGCGGGGCGAAGGGGGGAGGAGUAUGUUUCCAUCUCCAGCUGCCUAGACGCCAACUGUCCUUCCAAACCCAUCUCUGUGCGCUCCACUGUGCUGCACGCACUGAACUCAACACACCAGAGACCCCCAAAGCCAGGACUGCCUGGGGUGCUACGAACCCCCAUAGCACCAAAGAACCCGAAGGGGGAGACAGAUAUGACCCACUUGGUGCAGAGCUCUGUCCUCUUCAGUGGCGGCUGGGCCACAUACAAAGCCUGCUGUCGGCAAGGCUAACAGAGGUGGGGAUUUCAGCUGACGCAGUAGCGACAGGCAUUAAGAUCCCCAGGUUCACCUCCUGCUGCGGCUAACCCAGCCAGGGGUGUGGUGUCGCCGUGUUAGAAGGAUCCCGGGUUUUGCUAAGAGGACGGAUCUGUCUCUAUUGUACAUACCUGAGAGGCCAGUCGAACUGUGAUGUGUUUUAUACAAGUGGUAAUAAAUGUUAUUUUUUCAUAUUCUUGCUUUUAUUUUGUACAAAAAAGAGAAAAAUAACCCAAAUUAGCACCAAGCCCUGUAAGAAGACAGAUUUAUCUCUAUUUAUAUCUACUCCAAAAUCUUUUCACUACAAAUAAAUCUCGUCUAUUUCA